CUCCAUAUAUACCCGGGGCGCCGCGCUCCACCUGGCCGCCGCCUCCAGCCCAGCACCUGCGGAGGGAGCGCUGAUCAUGGCUCCCUGGCCUGAACUGGGAAAUGCGCAGCCCAACCCCAAUCAGUACCUUGAAGGGGCUGAAAGUCAGCAGCCCAUCACCCCGGAUAAAAGCAAAGAGACCGACAAAAAUAACACUGGGGCACCUGUAACCAAGGUUGAACUUCUGCCAACGUACUCCACGGCGACACUGUUAGAGGAGGCCACCGAGGGGGACGACCCCUGGAACCUACCUACUCUUCAGGAUGCGGGGAUCAAGUGGUCAGAGAGAGACACCAAAGGGAAGAUUCUCUGUGUCUUCCAAGGGAUUGGGAAACUGAUUUUGCUUCUCGGAUUUCUCUACUUUUUCGUGUGCUCCCUGGAUGUUCUUAGCAGCGCCUUCCAGCUAGUUGGAGGAAAAAUGGCAGGACGGUUCUUCAGUAACAGCUCUAUUAUGUCCAACCCUGUGUUGGGGCUGGUAAUCGGGGUGCUGGUGACUGUCUUGGUGCAAAGCUCCAGCACCUCAACCUCCAUUGUCGUCAGCAUGGUGGCCUCGUCAUUGCUCACCGUUCGGGCUGCCAUCCCCAUUGUCAUGGGAGCCAACAUUGGAACGUCAAUCACCAACACGAUCGUUGCGCUUAUGCAGGCGGGAGACCGGAGUGAGUUCAGAAGAGCUUUUGCAGGAGCCACCGUCCACGACUUCUUCAACUGGCUCUCCGUGUUGGUGCUCUUGCCCGUGGAGAUUGCCACCCAUUACCUUGAGGUCAUAACCCAGCUUGUGGUGGACAGCUUUCACUUCAAGAAUGGAGAAGACGCCCCAGACCUUCUGAAAGUCAUCACUAAGCCCUUCACAAAGCUCAUUGUCCAGCUGGAUAAAAAAGUUAUCAGCCAAAUUGCAAUGAGCGAUGCAACAGCGAAAAACAAGAGUCUCAUCAAGAUUUGGUGCAAAACUUUUACCAACAAGACCCAGAUGAACGUCACUGUUCCCUCGACUGCUGACUGCACCUCCCCUUCCCUCUGUUGGACGGAAGGCAUCCAAACCUGGACCUUGAAGAACGUGACCUACAAGGAGAACAUCGCCAAAUGCCAGCAUAUCUUUGUGAAUUUCCACCUUCCGGAUGUUGCUGUGGGCGUCAUCCUGCUCGUCAUCUCCCUGGUGGUCCUCUGUGGUUGCCUGAUCAUGAUUGUCAAGAUUCUGGGCUCUGUGCUCAAGGGGCAGGUGGCCACUGUCAUCAAGAAGACCAUCAAUACUGAUUUCCCCUUUCCCUUUGCGUGGUUGACUGGCUACCUGGCCAUCCUCGUUGGGGCAGGCAUGACCUUCAUCGUGCAGAGCAGCUCUGUGUUCACGUCGGCCUUGACCCCUCUGAUUGGAAUCGGCGUGAUAACCAUUGAGAGGGCUUAUCCACUCACGCUGGGUUCCAACAUCGGCACCACCACCACCGCCAUCCUGGCCGCCUUAGCCAGCCCAGGCAGCUCGAUAAAGAGUUCACUCCAGAUUGCCCUGUGCCACUUUUUCUUCAACAUCUCCGGCAUCUUACUGUGGUACCCGAUCCCGUUCACUCGCCUGCCCAUCCGCAUGGCCAAGAGGCUGGGCAACAUCUCUGCUAAGUAUCGCUGGUUCGCAGUCUUCUACCUGAUCGUCUUCUUCUUCCUGAUCCCGCUGACGGUGUUCGGCCUCUCGCUGGCCGGCUGGCCGGUGCUGGUGGGCGUCGGCGUGCCCGUCCUCUUGAUCAUUAUCCUGGUACUGUGCCUUCGCCUGCUGCAGUCCCGCUGCCCACGCAUCCUGCCCAAGAUACUCCAGAACUGGAACUGCCUGCCGCUGUGGAUGCGCUCGCUGAAGCCCUGGGACGCCGUGGUCUCCAAGCUGACCGGCUGCUUCCAGCUGCGCUGUUGCUGCUGCUGCCGCGUGUGCUGCCGCCUGUGCUGCCUGCUAUGUGGCUGCAAGUGCUGCCGCUGCAGCAGGUGCUGCGAGGACUUGGAGGAGGGGCAGGAGGCGCAGGGCGUCCCUGUCAAGGCCCCUGAGACCUUUGACAACAUAACCAUUAGCAGAGAGGCGCAGGGUGCGGUCCCUGCCCCGGACCUAAAGACCGAAUGCACGGCCUUGUAGGGGGCCGCCCGGGUGCCGGAGGCGGGGGGAGGGACCUUGAGUCCUGCGUGCUCUCCUCCCUCCCACUUUCACCACCUCAAGGAGAUUUGUUUCAAAUUAGCGAAUGAAAUUGAUGCACUCCUACAUAACUCAAUUCCCUGUGGCUUGGAUAGGCCUACAGGGCAGUUUGAUUCCAACCCCUGGAGACUCAGUAGUCUCUUACUCCAGGAAGACACAGGACGAUGCCUAAAGAGAAUCAGAGAAUGAACGUGGCUGGAAAGAUGGCUAAUCCUGCACGUAGCUGGGUUGGUCAGUAGAACCUAUUUUCAGACUCCUAGACCAUCUUCAGAAGGAAAAGGCCCAGGGAAGGAAUGUAUGGGAGGCUCCCCCAGAUGGGGAAGUGUAUUCUCUAUGACUAUGGAGCUCAGGCCUCUUUUUUUUUUUUUUUUUUAAACCAAAGUCUGGCGACCGAGAGCAGCAACCUCAUGGCCUCCUUGCCCCAGAUCAGCCCCAGGGAGCAUCUGCUCUGCUAAUGGUUAUGUUGUCCGAGGGUCAGGGGACAAAGCGUCAUUAUUUGGAAACUGAAGGUCACAAAUGUGGGUCCAUCCCACUUCCUAGUGCUCCCACAUUUCCGAUCAGGGUUUCCUUACCUGGACAGGUGUGCUUGUCCAAGCAGUUCACCCACAGUGUCCUUGUCCUCAUGCUUCAGGGAUGGGAGCCACUCCUGAACUACAGAGAGUUCAGGCUGGAUACACGUGCCCAGCUGCUGCUCUUGUCUUAGGAGACAGAGAGAAUGGGGCAGAUGGAGGAGAAGAGAAGGGGAAUGGGUAGCUUGGCAUUCAGGGGAUGUGGUGGAUCUGCCAAAAGGGCCCCAGGUUCUGAAUUUAGCAAACUUAGAAGCCAAAUUAAAACGCAUUGUGGCUAAAGACUAAUGCUCCUCUCUUGGUCAGACAACAAAAACCCUCCCUGUUGGAUCUUUUGAAAUAAAACAUGCAAAUUCUCCAGCCUGCAUGCUGCCACCUUGAAUCCCAGGGAUUAUCUGUGUCUGGAAUAGCUCUUCACCUCUCUCAGCCUCCUCACUUUCUGUGCAGGAUGACUUCCUGGGUUAACUUCCUUCUUUCCAUCCAUCCACCCACUGGAAUCUCUUUCCAAACAUUUUUCCAUUUUCCCAUAGACGGGCUUUGAUUACCUGCCCUCUCCAUGCCCGCAAAGCUCCAGACUUUUCUCAGGGCGCAGAAUUCGGCACCCAGUUGGACUGCCCGGUGAAGCAGGAUCAUUGAGUACAGUCGAGCGCACGUGUGUCUGGGUCAAAGGGGUGCGCUCCUUCUCAUCCUAGAUGCCUUCUCUGCCUUCCACAGCCCCUUCCUAUUACAUCACUGCCCCCCACCCACCCCCAACCAUCCUAGUUCUUCCUGGCCAAUGAGCUCCAGCCUUAUCUAGGAAAGGGGGAGUAGGGGAAGCCAGGUGGCAAGGUUGGGUGCUCCCCCAUCCCAGCUUCUCCACCAUCCCAGCAGGUCAGGAUAUCAGACAGUCCUCCCCUGACCUUCACCCUCUGUAGCAAUUCCCCAACAGAGUCAAAUUCUCUGUUUAUAGUCACAGCCCUGUACAGCAUUUUUCAUAAGUUAUAUAGUAAAUGGUCUGGAUGAUUUUGUGCUUCUAGUGCUCUCAUUUGGAAAUGAGGCAGGGUUCUUCUAUGAAAUGGGAAGAAAGAAACCACUUUGUAUAUUUUGUAAUAUCACCUCUGUGGCCAUGCCUGCCCGCACACUCUGUACAUAUGUAAGUUAAACCUGGGCAGGGGCUGUGGCCUUUUUGUAUUCUGGUGAUUUUUAAAAAUUGGAUCUUUGUACUUGCAUUGAUUGUAUAAUUUUGAGACCAGAUCUUGUUGUAUUGCUCAGGCUGGUGUCAAACUCCUGGGUUCAGGAAAUCUGCCCACCUCAGUCUCCCCAAGUGGUGAGAUUACAGGCAUGAGACACCACAUCAGGCCUGAUUUUUUUGUUUUUUUUUGUUUUUUUUACUGGUUGUGGAAAGGGAGAAAUAAAAUCAUCAAAC